AUGGAAACAAAAUCACUCAAGGUGGAAAUCAGUGUACACGCAACGCCUCAGGGUCUGUCCUUCGGGUUUUUAAACUCUGUCUUGAUUAGUCAAAGUUGGGUGAUCGAAGAAUUUUUCGUAGACGAGAAUGACGAUGGUAAUAUCACAAGUCUCGGCUCUUACACCGAUGAUUCUUCUUCUCCCGACACGCUAUCCCUUCUCAGGCUCCAAGACUUUACACCAACCAACGUUCAUCAGCAAAUCAAGAGCCGCUUCAACGACCCUGUCUUGUCUCGACUUAUCACCGAUCGGAUUGUUCUCGAAUCAUCCGGAAGAACAAAAGACUUGUCACAAGGACCCUUGUUGAUCACGACAACAAAAGUAGAAGGAACUUGUGCGGUCUGUCUAGAGGACAUGUUGGAGGAGGAGUCGGAACAGGCCCUAUGCCAACCACCUGAUUGCUCACAUGUGUUUCAUGAAGAUUGCUUGAUCAAGUGGUUGAAUCGACAUGACUCUUGCCCUCUCUGUCGCCAAUCCACAAACCCUUUAACCAACAACAACCCCAGUAAAGCUUUGGAGAAGUUAACAGAGGCUUAA